UGACAGCAGGAGAAGCCGUGAAUGUAGAUUGAAUGCACAUGGUACACUGAGUGUGAAAGUCCUUUGAGAAACAAGGAAAAGCAGUAAAACAUUUAUAGGUAAAGGUUUUCCCCUGACAUUAAGUCUAGUCAUGUCUGACUCUGAGGGUUGGUGCUCAUCUCCAUUUCUAAGCUGAAGAGCGACGUUGUCCGUAAACACCUCCAAGUUCAUGCAGCCGGCAUGACAGCAUGGAGUGCUGUUACCUUCCUGCCAGAGCAAUACUUAUUGAUCUACUCAAAUUUGCAUGUUUUCAAACUACUAGGUGGCAUGAUUAUGUAUGUACAUACUUGUGUAUUUAAAUUUCUAGACUUAUACAUGAGUACAUAGAGUUGUUUUCCCUAAUAUAUCCUCAUGUAUACAUUUAGAAAUUUGGAAUCACAAAAAAUAAUACAACACUCUGGGUCGACAUAUCACACACACACACACACACAUUACUGUGCACACACACACACACACACACACACAUAUAUAUAUAUCACAUACACACACACACACGAACUAUCCACAUCCCUGGGUAGAAUAACAAAUGGUGAGAGCUUAGCUUUGGGAGAAUUUAAAAGUUGCUCUCUCCUUAAAAUCUUCAAGUCCUGAACCCAUUCCAUUGUUAUUUUUCUUUUUCCUUUUUAGCAUGAGUUGAUUCAAACCAGCAGCAAAAUAGCUGCAUCUGCUUCAUUUCUUCCCACAGCAGUAAAAUAGCUGCACCUGCUUCAUUUCUUCCUCAAACCACACACAGUCGGCUACUAAUAAUCUUUCUAUGUCAAGAUGUAUUUGGUUGGUGUAUUGUUUUUGUGGAAUUCUGCAUAGUUCACAGAAAUGUCAGUGGCUGUGUUUUUGAGAUUGGUGAAUUGGCAUGGGAUGAUGUUUGAUCUGAAAUUCUGCAUAAUGGUUCAGCAAGGCAAGUGUAUGGCCGGUUUAGAUGUCACUGUAUGUUACAGCUUUCUGCACAAUCUUGUUGCUAGUCCUGCUACUGCUAGACUCCAGUGUAUCAUUUCUGCUCCUUUCAAACUGACUUCAAAGAGACAAAGCUUAGCAUCACUUCCAGGUUUUAGAAUUUUUUAAAGAAUAAUAUUGUCCUUUUUCUCUCUCUCUGUCUUUUAAAUUGUAUAGACCUCACCUUAAAAAAUUCCAGCAUAUACUUGCUUUUGUUUUUGCCAUAAAUGAGAUCAACAAGAGCACUAGACUCUUGCCCAAUACAACACUGGGAUUUAACCUCUAUGACAAUGUUUUUGGUGCAAGCCGGACCUACUGGAGCAUUCUGGAUAUGCUUUUUCCAGGAGAGAGAAAUCCCUUUAAUUACAACUGUGAUCAAAACAAGAAUGUAGUGGCUAUAAUUGAUGGGGUCAAUUCUCAACAUUCAACUCAGAUGGCUACUAUAUUAAAUGUCUUCAAGAUUCCACAGCUCAGUUAUGGAUCCUUUGACUCAAGACUAGAUGACAAAACGUGGUUCCCUUUUUUCUAUAAGAUGAUGCCGAAUGAAAUGCUGCAAUACAUUGGGAUUGUUCACCUGCUUAACCAUUUCAGAUGGACUUGGGUUGGCCUCCUUGUGCCAGAUGAUGACAACGGUGAAAUUGUUCUGCAGAAACAGGUGCCUAUACUCCUCCAGAACAACAUUUGCGUUGCUUUCUUGGACAUGAUUCCAACCGUGUUUUUCCCAGACACUUUAUCUAACAAUUUAGUCCAAAUAUAUUUUACCUUGCUUUUCACCAAAGCCAAUGUGAUUCUUUUCUAUGGCUAUAAUUACUUUUUCAAGGUGCUUCAGUGGGCUCUAGAAUAUAAUAUAUUACAUGAAAAGUACCACCCAGGAAAAGUUUGGAUCAGAACAGCUCAGUGGGAUAUAAAUACCAUGGAAAGUGAGAGGAAACUCCCUGGAAGGACCUUGAAUGGCACCCUAUCCUUCACAGUCCAUACAGAGGUGAUACCUGGAUUUGAGAAUUUUCUUCAAACCAUAAAUCCUUACAAGCCCACGUUGUACCUCCUCCAUGCAUUUUGGCAGUAUGCCUUCAAUUGUUCAUUUCCUAGUCAUCCUCUUUACACCACAAACCAGCACUAUACAGGGGAGGAGAAGCAAAGAGCUAUCUUUGAAAUGGGAAUGUUUGGUCAGAGUUACAGUAUCUACAAUGCUGUUUAUGCUGUAGCACAUGCUCUUCAUGCAAUGUAUAGAUCAAGAACCAGGCAUAAGGCUUUGAGAGAUGGACUUACAUGGAGUCCUAUGAAUGUUCAACCAUGGCAGGUGGGAUUUUAUGAGUUUAUGCUAGUAGUGCUGCUGGAGAAGGAUGAACUCUUCAUCUCUUUCUGA